AUGGACCUUCCCAAUAUAGAUAAGGUUUUGUCCAGGUCAUUUUCAUGCUUGGCUACCAUCAUUCUUCUGUUAGGGAGUGCCCUAACUUUAGUAGAAGCUGGAGGGAACGAGACUGAUUGGUUGGCUUUGUUGGAAUUUAAGGCCCAAAUAACUGAUCCCGACGAGGUUUUGAGCUCGUGGAAUGAUUCUAGCCACUUCUGCGAGUGGUAUGGUGUCACAUGCGGUCGUAGACACCAAAGAGUCUCGGUGUUGGACCUCUGCUCCAAGAACUUGAUCGGGGUCUUGCCACCUCAUAUUGGCUUCAACUUGCUCAAAGGAAAUUUGCCGACAGAACUGGGCUCAUUGUCCAAGCUCCAAGAUAACUUCUUUGAAGGGCCCCUACCAUCCAUUAUGAGUUCCAUGAGAGGCCUUCAGGUUUUGAAUGUUUCCAACAAUCAAUUGUCCGGCCAAAUCCCGAAAUUUCUGGAGUCACUAAAUCUGACGAAUUUGAGUCUAUCUUACAACGAUUUCGAGGGUGCAUUGCCUACAGGAGGAGUUUUCAGAAGUGCUAUUUCAACUUCGGUCAUUGGAAACAAGAAGCUUUGCGGGGGUCUCCCGGAUUUUCAACUACCCAAAUGCUACUACAAAGAGUCAAAACAGUCGAGAAUAAGCGGAAUUGCAAAAAUUCUUAUAUCUAUAGUCUCUACUCUUGUUGGAGUAGCCUGCAUACUGUCUUUGUUAUACUUCUUCUGGUUUAGACACAAUAAGAAUGCAUCAACUUCAAGCUCUUUUGAAGAUCGGCUUUUACAUGUUUCUUAUCACAAUCUACUAAAAGCGACAGGUGGAUUCUCCUCCACCAAUCUACUUGGUGUGGGCAGUUUUGGGUCCGUGUACAAAGGGCUGCUUGAUCAAACUCAGUUGGUUGUGGCCAUCAAGAUUCUCAACCUUACAUGUGAUGGAGCUUCCAAGAGCUUCAUAGCCGAGUGUGAGGUCUUGAGAAGAAUCCGACACCGUAAUCUCGUGAAGGUACUCACGGCAUGUUCUGGGUUUGAUUUUAAUGGAAAUGAUUUCAAGGCACUUAUCUACGAAUUCAUGUCAAACGAAAGCUUGGAUGAGUGGCUGCACCCAACUGCAUCACAAUAUACGAAGAGAAACAAGUUGAGUCUACUUGAGAGAGUGAAUAUUGCAAUCGAUGUUGCGUGUGCACUAGAUUAUCUCCAUCAUCACUAUGAAAUGCCAAUAGUUCAUUGUGAUCUAAAGCCAAGUAAUGUCCUUCUUGACGAUGAAAUGAAUGGACAUGUAGGCGAUUUUGGGCUUGCCAAGUCUUCCGAAGCAACACAUAAGUUGCUUGCAGAUCAAUCGAGUUCUGUCGGAGUAAAGGGAUCUUUUGGCUACGUAGCUCCAGGUAAUGAAGCAUACCUUGGGUCAUUCAGUUUGUUUCUUUCAACACAUAAUCGUAUAUAG